AAUUGAGCAAAUUCUGAUGUUUUUUUGUUUCUGUUCUAUGGUUAAGCGACAUUUUAUUCUCUAGGGUUUGUAAAAUUCCUAAUCUUUCAAAUUUUGUUCCACGAUUGACACAGGUUUUAUUGCCUAUGCUUUUUGAAAUCCCUAAUUUUGCAAAUUCUGAUGAUUUUUGGUAUCUGUUAUAUGGUUAAGGGACAUUUUAUUCUCUAGGGUUUGUGAAAUUCCGAAUGUUGCAAUUUGUGAUUGUUUUGGGUAUCUGUUCGAUGUUUAACGCACAUGUUAUGUGUAGGAUUUGUGAAAUUUCUAAUUUGCAAAUUGUGUUUCUGAUUUCUUUUUUUUUUUGUGGGUUCAUGUUCUUGGUUACAUUUUUUGGGAUUUGCUGUUAAGUUUCAUUUUGAACUCAUUAUCAAAUGUGCUUUUGUUACUUGUUCACUUCUUUGUAGCAUGUGUGUUGUGUUUUUCAUUAAUAUAUUUUUUAUUUUUUAAUUUUUGUACAUUCAAUCUCAUCCAUUUCUUGAAUGUUGAUGUCAUUGAUAGAUUUUUACUCAUGUUUGUAUAUACUUUUUUUUUCCACCCAUCUCUUGUUUUCAAUGUAUCCUUACCUAACAUAUUUGCCAACUAUUAUAGUCAUGAGUAGAAUCAUUGUUUGGGGUACUUGAUUACUGCCUUCCCUAUGGUCUUAUGGCGUGUAGAUGCACUGUAGUUGGUAUGGUCUCAUAUCUCAAUUUCUGGUCCCUAUUUCUUGAUUUAUUGAAAGUUUCACUUGUUUUCCCUGUUUUUGUCUUGGUUCAUGUUUUGCUCCUAUGAUUGGUUGUCUCUAUGCCAUUGAAUGGAGAUCAGAAUGUGGGAAUGCCUAUCAAGGUAUGGGCUUUCUAUUUAACCCAUUUGGUGACUAUUGAUGUGAUUGAUAUGAAUUGAUUCAUAGCAUCUUCCUCAUUGAAUGAAAGAUUAUUUUUCUCAACUCAAUUGCAUUGUCAGUUUUUUUUAUUAUUUAUGUAAAAAUUCUGUUGAUUGUGUUAAAUUUGUUUAUAUUUUAGCUGUUGGAUGGACAUACACCUCCUUGGCCCCAAGUUAAGAGGUUCAUUCAGAAAAGAAUGCCCUUUUGCCAGUAAAAUGGCUUCAUGGUGUUCUUUUUCUAACUAGCACAUGUGUUUAGCCAAAGAAAAAAGUAUCCAGCAGUUGGUCUUCCCAUGAAACUGUGUUCUCCACACCUAAUAAGGUUGUGCUAUAUAUUUUUUAUUGGAAACUGGAAAUUUUGGAAUCAUUAUCAAGGUUUUGCUCCUAUGAUUAGUUGUCUCUAUGCCAUUGAAUGGAGAUGAUAAUGUGGGAAUGCCUAUCAAGUGUGGAAAAAUUCAAGCUACAGUCAAGAAACCACUCCUUAAUAGGUUUAGGGAUCAUAUAGUUGAAGGACAAGUUUAUAGAAUGGCAUAUUUUGCUGUUGUGUCAAAUCAUGGUAGUUAUAGAGCAACUUCUCAUGAAUUCAAAUUGGUUUUCCUUCACCGAACCACUGUUGUAGCUGUUGAUGAAGAUGUUAUCCCUAAGACUUGUUUCAACAUGUUUCCUUUUUCUGAGCUGCUGAACAUGACCCAAGAUUAUGACUUUUUAGUUGAUGUCAUUGGUCUUUUAACUUCAGUCGGAGAAGAGAAAGAAUAUGCAAAAGAGGGGAAAAUUGUGAAAAUGAUUGCAUUGGAAUUAACUUCAAAAGAUCUUACAGUGCGAUGCGCAUUGUUUGGGGAUUAUGUUAAUCAAGUAAAUCAUUUCCUUGCCUCUGGGUAUGGGGAGCAGCCUGUUGUAGUCAUUCAACUUGCAAAAGUCAAGUUCUUUAGGGGUCAAGUAGGUCUUCAAAAUGUGAUGUAUGCCACUCAAAUGUUAUUUAAUCCUGACAUUCCUGAAGUUGUUGAAUUCAGGCAAAGUAUGAUUGAGCAAGGUGUCAGUGGUACCCAGCCACUGUUUAUUGCAAAUGAGGGUAAAGUUCUCUCCUUGGAAGAUGAUUUCAUGCGUUUAAUUAGAAAAUGCACUAUUGAAGAGCUUCAAGAUAACAAUCAGGAGGGUUCUUUUAUCAUUUUUGGUGCAAUCCAAGGUAUUGUUGAGGAUGGAGGUUGGUGGUAUUCUGCUUGUGUGUGUGGAAAGGGUAUCUAUCCUCAAAAUGGUGCCUAUUACUGUGAUUUUUGUUUGAAGCACAUAACUAAUGUCACUCCAAGAUUUAAAAUUAAAGUAACAGUUGAAGAUCAUACUGGGGAGGGUAUUUUCCUUCUCUUUGAUCGUGAGGCUUCUUAUUUGCUUAAGAAAUCAUGUGCUGACUUGUUUACUGAGGUUCAAAGAGAUGCAAGUCUUAUAUGUGGGGAUACUUAUCCUCCCAUACUCCAAGGGCUCAUUGGAAAGAAGUUGCUGCUCAAGGUUGAUACCAAAGGUGUCCCACAUGAUACAUUUUAUGGGACUUUCCGAGUUAGGAGAAUUUGUGAUGAUUCUACCAUUAUUGCGAUGUUUGAACUUCCCAAUUAUGAUGCUGAUGAUGAGUCUACUCCAAAAAAGGAGCAUGAUUUACACAAAUCUGUUCCUCGUGGAAAAGCGGAUGUUGGUAUUAAGAAGGAGUCUUCUAAUAGUUUUAUCAAAAGUGAGAAAGAUGCUUGUGAGUGUUCUGGGAUUUUGUGUAAAUCUCCCGUUCUUAUAGAUUUUUUGGCUGAAAAACAGCCUGUUGUUUCCGGAGGGACUGAGUUUGUUGGCUUAAUUGAUGGUGAGCAUGGAAAAGAAGAUAAAACUCCCAGCAAUGAUACUGUUAGUGAUGAUCUUUCUGCUGAACUAGAUAUAUUGCUUAGCUCAGCAGAAAAAGAAACUCAGGAGCUGUUGUCCGAUGUUCUUGAAGCACCUUCACAAAAUGGAGAAAAGCUUACCCAUGAAAAUCAUGUUGUCACCUCCAAGAGUAAGAGGAAUUUGAAUCCUUAAUUUGAAGAGGCUGCUGUUGAUGCAGAUGGGCGUGGGUUCAAGGUUGCCAAGGUUAAUGGAGUUUGAUUGAAGGUGUGGAAUUGAGCUGCUGUGUCUAGGUGUAGGUGUCUUAUAUAGUUUAUCUAUAAGUAUUUA